AUGCCAACAGGCCUAGCUUAUAUGCGCGAAAUUGGUAUGAAGGUGGUGAACGAUCAAGUUGUAAAGCUCUCGUUGCCCACGAUUCGAGAGCGGAUUGAAAAUGGCGAGGUAUUCAUCUACAACGCUCGUAUCUCGAAAUACUGGCCACCUCAAGAAUACUCGUUAGAUCUCGUCGAACCGAACAUGUUCCAGUGGAGCAUGUCGAAGAUGCAUAUUAGGGCCGCAGGAGACUUUCAAGCAUCCAUUGUGAAUCCACUCUUACUUACCGUUCCCAUUACUGGACAUUUCGAGGCUUUACUUGGUCAUGUAGCACUCACAAUAUCAGUGCAUUUGGAGAAUUCUUAUAUUUUUGGGAGUGCCUUCGGCUCCCCUCAAGUGCGGUCGGCUCACUGCCAGUCGACCAUUGGAUAUGUCGAUUUGAACGUGAGGAACACUGGUGUGAUUACAGACUUUUUCAUCAAUGCUUUUAAGGCAUUUCUUAUCGCCCAUUUCAAGCCACAAGUGGAACAGCGAAUGUGCCGCAUGAUUGAAACAAUAAUCAAUCAGGAUAUGAAUAAUCUGCUUAGUACGAUGCCCUUAAAGGUACGACUAUCAAUCUACAUAUCAUCUCUCACUGCUAGCCAUCCUUCUUUUUCUUAG